AUGAGUGAGGAUGUAAAUACUUUCUGGUUGUCGGUUGAUAUGAAAAAACAGAUUGAUGUAAAAAAGCUGGAAUAUGCAGGAAAUGCAUUGGAUGCAAUAGCAAAUGAAACACGAUUGCAGUCCGUUUUGACAAAUGAAGUAAUAUCAAUCAUGGGAAGUUCACAGGUACAUAACAAUGAUAAGGAUCAGGGCGAAACUAGCAGAAAUGUUUUGGAGAAGAAUAAAGACACUUCCGCCAACAAAAGGAAAUUAGAGGACGACCAAUCAGAUUAUUGUGAAGGACUUAAACAUUUGUUUGAUGAGUCCAAUGAAGAUGCCAUUAUAGAAAAUAUCAACGAAAAAACUCUUGAAGACGAGGAUAAAUUGCCACCUGCAUGUGGUAACAAGGAUCCACCAAAAAUUCGUGCAGAUGUGUUGGAUGCUUUCCGAACAUACCAAAAAAAAAUUCCCAAAAUUCGUAGAGUAUUCAUCCCCGCAUAUUGGGGCGUACUAGAUCUAACUAAGUGGAAAUGCGAGCCUGCCCCAAGAAGUUUUCAGAAAUAUUUUGAUAGAAAUUGCGAUUAUGUUGAUAGCAAUCAUAAAGAUCAAGAUAUUAAAAAAUUUGAUACAUAUGUUCAAUUUAUGAAAGUUAACAUGCAUUCGUUCCAAGGUAUGCUCACCGAAGAACAGUUAAAAAUGACUACUUCGUUUCCGCUGAUUUAUGGAACGUUUACGUCGAAUAAUAUUAAAGAUGGGGAGGUUCAAGCUCUUUCAAUUAGUAACGCACGUAAUGAAAAUGUUGACCUAUUCAAAAAAGCCUGGUUGGGUAGGAAAGUUGACAUGAAAGCAACCUUAACUAAAACAUUAAACAAAUUCGAAGUCAUUUAUGGUGAGGUUGCAGGGGGAUUGAGGCCAUUCGGAAUUCCUUCUGCGUGUCGUAAGAAGCGAUUUUUGGACAAAGUUAAAUUGAUGAUAAUUAUGCGUGAUGGAAUAAAUCAGCUAUUAAAAGAGUGUAAGCACGUUACAGAUGAAAGCCGAAAGAACAUAAUAAUCUAUGGCUGGUUACAAGUGGGAUUAGAAUUAAAUUUUUACGCGAUGGACUGGCAAGGGAACAGUGUCUACAGAUUUGGGUUGAUAGACCGGUGUAGAAUACCGGUUGAUGAAGAUGAUUGUGGCAAUUUGGAAGACGCAUAUUGCGUUCUUAAAUCGCUUAAGUUGUGA